AUGCCACCCUUCGUCCCCCGCAAGCGCGUAUCCUCCGAGGACCCGCCCCCGGCCAAGCGCCAGGCCCGGCCCGAUAAUUCUCAUCCCCAAGCUCCGUUCCACCUCUCCGACUCCGACUCCGACUCAUCUUUGAGCGAUCCACCUGAAGAUCUCCUCAACAAGGACAAUGCUCCCCAGGCAACCGAGGAAUCCGAAGAUGAAGAAGAGGAUAUUGACUGGGAGGAUGCGAUCGACACAAAGACCAGCGCCACUAUACCUACCGUCGCAGCUCCGGAGCUACAGGACCUAGAAUUGACCCUGGAUCAAAAUGAGACACACGUGUCCGAUCUUCUGGAUGGCAAGAAAGGGCCUAGUAAAAUUGAGCGCCAAAUCCGGAUCCAGACACACUGUAUGCAUGUCCAAUGCUUGCUUUUCCACAACGCUAUCCGCAAUGCCUGGAGCAACGAUUCCAAGGUCCAUGAGAUCUUGCGCAAAAAGUUACCCGAAGGGAUCCAUAAGGAGGUCAAGAAAUGGCGCAUAGCAUCGGGUUUAGAACCCCCAGAGCCAAAACCCGGACCACCCAAGAGUAAGAAAAAGGGCAAGAAGGCCCAGAGAAAUAAAGACUGGAGUGAAGAGUCGGAGCGAUUGGAACCAGGGAAGCCAGAUAUGAGCCGUGGCGAUCCAAUUAUUACAUUGAUAAAAGUGCUGGUCGCAUACUGGAGGAAGCAGUUUCGGAUCACGGCGCCAGGACUGCGAAAGUAUGGAUACCGGCCAGUAUCUGCUCUCGAAACUGCAAUCACCGAAUUUCGCGAGGAAGAACAUGAUCCAGAGCGCCACGGUGAACGUAUCGCCAACCUCGAUGAGUUCCGUGCGACCGCCGAGCAUAUGCAGGGCUCACGAGACGUCGGCGCACAGCUCUUCACGGCUCUCGUCCGUGCUCUAGGCAUUGAGGCCAGACUUGUGGGUAGUCUACAGCCGCUGGGCUUCGGCUGGACCAAGGGAGAGACCUACACACCCCUCACUUCUUCCGAGGCAGAUAAUGACCCUAAGAAUAACGGGGAAUCAGAAGGAUCUGAGCCUGAAACUGACACAGCUGAAAAUAAACUACCAGCAAAGGACAAGCGCAAACAGUUUGACGCGGAUCUGCCGUUUCCCAUUUAUUGGACCGAAGUUGCCUCUCCGGUCACGAAUGAGAUCAUAUCUGUAGACCCGCUUGUACUUUCUAACCCCGUGGCGCCAUUUGGAGAUACAGAUCUACAAGCAAACUUCGAGCCACGCGGUGCAAAAGCAGACCGAGCCAAACAAGUUAUAUGCUACGUUGUUGCCCACUCGUCAGAUGGUACUGCUAAAGAGGUCACAACAAGAUACCUUCGACGGCGGACCUGGCCCGGUAAAACGAAGGGCUUCCGAAUGCCCCUGGAAAAAAUACCCGUAGGACCACGCGGGGACUACAUCGCCUUCGACUGGUUCGGGAUGGUAAUGCGCGGAUAUCAGCGAGCCCGCAAGAGCAAAACAGCAGUCGAUAAACUCGAAGAAACCCGAGAUCUACAACCCAACCAACCUGAGAAAAAGAAAACAACCCAAACCGCUGAAACCCUCCAAAGCCUCCGGACCUCCACCGAGUUUGUUCUAGAGCGCUUUCUUCGUCGCGAAGAAGCUCUCCGCCCCGGGGCCGAACCCGUACGAACCUUCAUCUCUGGAAAAGGCGCCCGGGCCAAAGAAGAACCCGUGUUCCGACGAGCAGACGUGUUAAAAUGCCUCUCCGCCGAAAGUUGGCACAAAGAAGGCCGACAGACGAAACCGGGCGCUGUGCCCCUCAAGCGCGUGCCCAUCCGCGCUGUGACGCUCAUACGCAAACGCGAAGUUGAGGAGUUGCACCGCCAGACCGGCGAGAAACCCCUGCAGGGUCUGUACUCGCGUGACCAGACAGAGUAUAUUGUCCCGCCGCCUAUUCAGGACGGCCGAAUCCCUAAGAACAAUUAUGGUAAUAUCGACUGUUUCGUGCCGAGUAUGGUCCCCAUGGGCGCGGUGCAUGUCCCCUUACCUGGUACCGUGCGGGUGUGCAAGAAGCUUGGUAUUGACUAUGCGGAGGCAGUGACGGGAUUCGAGUUUGGGUCAAAGAUGGCUGUCCCAGUUAUUCAGGGCGUUGUUGUUGCGGCAGAGAAUGAGGGUUUACUUAGAGAUGCUUGGAAGGUUGAGGCUGCGGAAAAAAGGAAGAGAGAGGAGCUCAAGGCCGAGAAGAAGAUCCUGCAGACAUGGAGGAAGUUUUUAUUCGGUUUGCGGAUUAUGGAGCGGGUGAGGGAGGAGUAUGGGGGUAGGGAUCCGGAUGCUGACCGGGAGCGUGAUUCGCAUAAUCCCUUUGCUGUACAAAAGAAGAAGCGGGAGGAGGAAUCGGAUGAUGGCAGAGAUGCAGAAAUGUCUGAUCAAGGGUCGUCACAUAAUGUGAUUGAUCAUGGCGGUGGUUUCCUCCUUCCUGGCCAUGAAGAUGAUGCGGACGAUGAGUUGAUUGUUGAGCACCACGAUCAACGGAUUCAUACAGGCCUCUCUCACACUGAUGCUGAUGACCACGAUGACAACGAGCCUUUCGAAUCUGGAUGUACUGCUACAGACUCUCCGCCUGUGUCUAUCCCCUCGGAUUCCGACAAUGAGGUGGAUACCGCUAAGGGUGAAGACUCAGAAGCUGAAUACACACCUCGACCGACCCGACGAACGCGAGGUCGCUGA